ACCUACGUUCAAGUUUCCAACCACUUGUUUGCCAGCAAUGCUAAAAGGAACAGGGGACUCUCUCUCUCUCUCUCUCUCUCUCUCUCAUGAUCUGAUCUGGCUCUGGAAAGAUUUGGGUUUCCAAGUUCCGGUUUUGUGAUAGUGAGGAAUUGGGAAGAAGAUGGAGGGAUUGCCGGCAGAUUUGUGUAUGAAGAUCUUUUGUUUGUUGGAUCACCAGAACCUUGCAACUGCUCAACAAGUUUGCAGGAGGUGGAAAGUAUUGGCUGCGGACAAUAAUCUAUGGUCAAGCCUAUGUAAAGAGAGAUGGGGAAGCAUUUGUGCUGCAUUCUAUGCCCCUAAAGAUUCAAGAUCAUGGAAAGAUGUGUAUGAAGUGCAAGAUCGACGCGAUCGUGUCGGAUUAGGUCAAAAGAUCAUUAGAGAAGGCGUUGAUUAUUAUCUCGUUCAUCUGGGUGAAGUUCAUCGCCAUUUGGGCUCAAGACCGCAGAGUAAGGGUGCAAAUGGAUGUUUACUCGGUUCAGAAAUAGGUCUCAAAGAGGAACCCAGCUCCGGGAUUCUGGACAAAAUCCUUUUCUUUCUUGGGGACUUGGAAGCAGCUUCCAUGUGUGGAAAACGUAAACGGGAGGUGUGAACGAUUCUUGGUCAGUCGCUUUUUGUAUAUGGUCUCAUUUUGUCUGUAUGUCUGAAUGUGUUUAUUUGCAUUGUUGUAAGAUGUGAUAAUGAUGGCUCGGGUAUUUAUUCAGAUUCGAUUAGUAUUGGAAUCGCAUACAGUUUCCGCGUUGUAAUUUUCCUCGUCAUCUGUUACACCUCAUCUCUGAGAAAAUGAAUGACAAUUUGUUUAUUACAAGGUCAA